UACAAUUUACGAAAUGAGAAAUACUUCUUUUUAAUCUCUUGUAGUGACAUUACAAUACAAUAGUAAAGUAAGAGAGGAACCUCUCCGCAACCAACUAUUUUUCUUAUACAUCUUCACUAAUGUGGCGAUCAUGGUUAGGUUUACCACAGCAUGAUCGAACCAGAACGCUACAGAUACCUUCCCGAACCCGUUCCUACGGUUCUUCCAGUUCCCUCAAAGAUAUCCGAACCAUCCUCCAAACCGAACCCGAUCCUCAAUCUCCAAAAUCUCCAUCUCUUUUCCGCCGCCUCAGCGUAUCUCCCUCCAUCAUCCGAUCCGUUAGCUGCCGAACCGUAAACUCCUCCAUAACCGUACCGUCGAACUUCGAGCAUGGUUCCGUCGUCGUUUACUACACCAGCCUACGCGUCAUUCGCCGUACCUUCAACGACUGCAGAACCGUUCGAUCUAUUCUCAAACGGUUCGCCGUCGGAGUCGAUGAGCGCGAUGUGUGCGUCGACGAACGGUUUCUCGAGGAGUUGCAGGAGAUUUUAGGUCGCCGGAAUGUUCCGCUACCGUGUGUGUUCGUCGGCGGUCAAUACAUCGGCAGCGUAGACGAUGUUAGGAGGCUGUAUGAUAGCGGUGAAUUGCAGGAUAUGAUCGAACAGUUACCGAAGUCGUUGCCGAAUGCGUGUGAUUUUUGUGGAGGAAUGAGAUUUGUGGUGUGUGAUCGUUGUGAUGGAAGUCACAGGGUUUUUGCGGAGAAAAGUGGGUUUAGAACUUGUUUAUCUUGCAAUUCUAACGGUUUGAUUAGGUGCCCAGCAUGUUUCUUCGAGCUCCCGCGUCACACCAAAUAAUUUCCGUACUGUAUUCCUUCUCUUCUCGUGUGUUAAUUAAAUUUAAAUUCAAUUAAAUAAUUGAUAUAUUGUGUA